AGGCGUAGGCCAGAAUCCGGAAGGAAAACAAUCCGCAGAGCCUGGGCUGGCCGGGACCUGCUGCGGAGUGCAGAUCGGUCCAGAGCGGCCUGGGGCUUGUCGGCUUGGCCUCCGCGUCGGGACGAUGGAGACCGUGAACCCAGUGAAGCCGACCGAACCGAGAGGCAGGAAGCUCAGCAUACAUGUUGUGACAUGGAAUGUGGCCUCUGCAGCGCCACCUCCAGACCUUGAUGAUCUCCUUCAGCUGGACAACCAGAACCUGAAUCUGGACAUGUAUGUCAUUGGUUUGCAGGAAAUGAACUGUGGGAUCAUGAGCCUCCUUUCUGACACUGCCUUUGAAGACCCAUGGAGCAGUUUCUUCAUGGAUGUGCUUUCCCCUCUCAACUUCGUCAAGGUCUCCUAUGUUCGCAUGCAGGGGCUCCUCUUAUUGGUCUUUGCCAAGUAUCAGCAUUUGCCCUUUAUCCAGAUCCUCUCUACUAAAUCCACCCCCACUGGCCUCUUCGGGUACUGGGGGAACAAAGGGGGCGUCAACAUCUGCCUGAAGCUGUAUGGCUAUUAUGUCAGCAUCAUCAACUGCCAUCUGCCCCCCCACAUGGCCAACAAUGACCAGCGGCUGGAGCACUUUGACUGGAUCUUGGAGAUGCAGAAUUUUAAGGGACUUGAUAUCCCCAACAUCCUGGACCAUGACCUCAUUGUCUGGUUUGGAGACAUGAACUUUCGGAUCGAGGACUUUGGGUUGCACUUUGUUCGGGAAUCCAUAAAAAGUCAGUGCUACGGCGACCUGUGGGAGAAGGAUCAGCUCAGCGUUGCCAAGAAGUGCGACCCACUGCUCCGGGAGUUCCAGGAGGGCCCCCUGCUCUUCCCGCCCACCUACAAGUUUGAUAAGAACUCCAACAACUAUGACACCAGUGAGAAAAAACGCAAGCCUGCAUGGACUGACCGCAUCCUGUGGAGGCUGAAGCGGCAGCCCCACACUGGCUCCUGCACCCCUAAGCCGCCGGCCCCUCACUUCUCCCUGUCUCUGAGGAGCUACGUCAGCCACAUGAUGUACACCAUCAGUGACCAUAAGCCUGUCACCGGCACCUUUGACUUGGAGCUGAAGCCUUUGGUAUCCGUCCCACUGAUCACCCUGAUGCCUGAGGGCCAGUGGACCAUGGAGAACGACAUGCUUAUCAGCUACUCCUCGACCCCAGACUUCCCCAGCAGCCCCUGGGACUGGAUUGGACUGUACAAGGUGGGGCUUCGACACAUUAAUGACUACGUGUCCUAUGUCUGGGUCAAGGACAACCAGGUCUCCUUCAACAACAGGCUGAACCAGGUUUACAUCAAUGUCAGCAAUAUCCCUGAGACUGAGGAUCAGUUUCUCCUCUGUUACUAUAGCAACAAUCUACAUUCCGUGGUGGGGAUAAGCAAUCCCUUCAAGAUCCAGCCUCCAGCCCUGGAGGAGGACCCACUGGGUGAAGCCCAACCGCAGAUCUGAGCCUCGAUGAGGGGCAUCCAGGGCAGAGGCGAGAGCUGGCAGCCAGCUCUGCUCACCACCUUCCAGGAGUGCUGGGGGCCCAGCCAGCCCCCUGAGGAGGCAGCAAGUAUCCUUCACCCCGCAAGGGGAGUUCUAGCCACACUCCUUUGCUCUCUACAGUCCAGAUCUCUGGAAUUGGCCGUUUAAAUACAGGUUUCUGUUGCUGAGAUGUGAGUGAAACCAGCUAGUUAAGACGUGGGAACAGUCCACCGGAUGUGGGAAUGACCCUGCAGCCUACAUCUAUCUAAUUUCUUGAUUUUCCUCACACACACUUCCAGUCUUGUCCAAGCAGGCCUGCCAAGCACAUGCCCCAUCUGGCACGAGCCUGCAUUCUUGUCUCACCAUCCUGGGCCUCAGGCUGCAUGGGAGGGGGAGAUGCUUACAUUUGUACAGGCUCCAUAGAGUGGUUGGCGUGAGCAGCACUGGGUUCCAGGAGUCUUGGCAUCUUGUUGCCUGUCCUCCUGAGGGAUGGGAAGAAGGUCUGAGAUCCUUUGAGCAGAAGCAGUAUGACUAAGUGGGCAGGAUGGAGGGGUCCCUUUACCCAGGCUCUUAUGUAAGGGUUGUGGGCAGGUUGAGUGUCCUGCCUGCGCCCCCCUACCCCCAUGGAGUGUGACCCAGGAAGUUCCAGGACUUGAGCAGAGAAUUGAACCCAGGUUCACAUCUGCUGGGGAUCAUGCCCCCAACCUGUCAUCUUAUGAAGGGUUAGCAUGUGGUAGAAGAGCUGUGGCCACACAUUUUCCACGAUGGUCUUGGCCCAUUUGAGUUCAUCUGCCCCAACCCUUGCCUGACGUCAUGAAACCUGCCCUCUCUCUAGACCACUCAAGGACCUAGAAGUGGGGCGGGCAGAGAGGAAGGCUGGAAUCCAGAUGUUUUGGAGAAUCUGGCCCUGGGGGUCUCCAGCGCAUUCUCUAGGUGCUGUGUGGACAUGGCUAUCCCUACUCCUGCCACUUGCCUCCAGUCACUGGUGACUCCACGGCCCUUCUCCCAGGAAGAGACACCUCAGGGAGCCUGCUCUGUGACGGUCACACCAGUCCUACAACCUGAAAUGGAGGACUACUCUAGUUGCUCUGCAGCCCAUACUCCACCCUGGGAGCCGUGGACAUCAAGAACUGUCCCCCUGACUUCUAGCGGGCCUUGACUGUGUUCUGUCUGUCACAUUGGGAGAUAAUUAGAAACAUGGCUUUUCCA